GGACGCAGUGCAAAGGGAGGUUGCGUUGGUUACGGUUGCUGAGUGGCGAGGUCAUGACCCCAGCCAGCCUGGUUCACUACUGCCCAGUGCCCGGUAGUCGGGGUCGAGUGGAAGUGUUUCCGUUGGAGUGGAGGCUUGUUAUUUUAAUGACGAUGUGUUUUUUAGCGCAGCUGUAACCGCCAGUCAGCGAGGUGAAGGUCUGACGGUUACGAAGUUAAGAAAAGUAAAGUUUUAUUUUACCAAUGGAACGCCGUCAGGAUGAUGAAAGGACUCCCCUGCUGCCGGACAGCCGAGCGGCCGCCAAGCCGGUGGUUUCUGCUUUCCAAGGCAGGCGGCUGGCCUGCGCCGCCGUGCUGGUCACCGAGUCCCUGGAAAGAGUGGCGUUUUACGGAAUCACUUGCGGCCUGGUGCUUUUCCUCAACAGCGAACCCUACGACUGGCUGGGACCGCAGUCAGGUCAGACUCUGCUGCUUUUCAUGGGCAUCAGUUACUUCAUCUCCCCGUUUGGAGGCUGGCUGGCCGACGCCUGUCUGGGCAGGUUCUCCACCAUCCUCCUGAGUAUGAUCCUCUACCUGGCCGGCAUGAUGCUUUUCCCUUUCAUUUCAUGGGAUCAGUCUCGCCGUCACCUCUGUGGAGAGCUGGAGCUCUAUCCUAUCCUGGACCCCCAGUGUAUUAAUAACAGCUCCAGCGCUUGUUCACUUGGCCGGAAUAGCUAUUGCACACCAGCCAUCUAUUCGGGACUGGUGCUCGUCGCCCUUGGUGUAGGAUCUGUGAAGGCAAAUAUAACUCCUUUUGGCGCUGAUCAGGUGAAAGACAGAGGACCCGAAGCCACUCGUCGUUUUUUCAACUGGUUUUACUGGUCGAUUAAUCUGGGUGCUAUUGUCUCAUUGGGUGGCAUUUCAUAUAUUCAACAAAAUUGCAGUUUUCUCCUCGGAUACAUCAUCCCAACUGUUUGUAUGGGGAUCUCUUUCCUUAUCUUUGCGUGUGGCAAAUCAGUCUUUGUCUCAAAGCCACCUGAUGGCAGUUCCUUCUCAGACCUGUUCAGGAUCCUUUUUUACUCCUGCUUUUCAAGGAAACUCAAUAGCGAAGAAAAUGCCAGCCAGAGCAAUGGGAUCUACCCACCAUCUAUACAACCAGGUUUUCUGGAUCUAGCCAAGACUGUCUACGGUGGACGAUUUCAGGAUAACAAGGUGGAGGAUGUGAAGUCCUUUGUCAAAAUUAUCCCAGUAUUCCUGGCACUCAUUCCUUACUGGACAGUUUACUUCCAGAUGCAAACCACAUAUGUUCUGCAGAGUCUGCAUCUACAGAUACCAAUAUUUUUUGACAGUCAUAAUAACAGCAAUGUUAGCAAUUCGUUUGCAAGCUGCAAUCAUCACAUGCUUCCAGCAGCUUGGUUCACCAUGUUUGAUGCAGUCCUCAUUCUGAUCCUGAUCCCUGUGAAAGACAAAGUGGUAGAUCCCAUGUUAAAGAAGAAAGGCCUGUUGCCUUCGCCUCUGAAGAGAAUUGCUGUUGGCAUGUUUUUUGUCAUGUGCUCUGCAGUGGCUGCUGGAAUUCUGGAAGAUCAACGCUUGAAUAGUCUACGAAAUGGUACAAUAGAGCAACAGAUUGGGAAUGUGUGGUACAAUGCUGCACCAUUAUCAAUUUGGUGGCAAAUUCCACAGUAUGUACUGAUCGGGAUCAGUGAAAUAUUUGCAAGUAUAGCAGGCCUUGAGUUUGCUUACUCAGCUGCCCCCAAGUCUAUGCAAAGUGCUAUCAUGGGCCUGUUCUUUUUCUUUACUGGAGUUGGUUCCUUUGUUGGUUCAGGACUUCUAGCUCUAGUAUCUGUGGAUUGGAUUGGUUGGAUGAACUGCAAGAGUGAUUUUGGUAAUAUCAACAAAUGUCAUAUGGACUACUAUUUCUUCCUGCUAGCAGCCAUACAGUGUGUGACACUAAUUAUUUUUAUUGUGGUAUCUGUGACAUUUGAUCGUCACAAAACCAAAUCUGGUAUGUUAUUCAUCAAUGGAAGAAGGCAGAAAGAAGAACUGAAGCACAAUCGGACAAGAAAAUAAAAAUGGGAGCCUUUGCUUGUGAAAUAUGCAAUUAUUAGCAAAAUACUUGUAAACCCUUUCUUCAGGCACGUAAUGGAUUGGCUAAGUAGCAUGCCUGGGCUCACCUCCUGCGGACUGAAUCUUUAAGGCUAAGGGGUGUUUUACCUGAAUGACUGUUGCAUUUCAACAUAUGGGACAAUACAAGUAAUUUCAGAGUUUACUGGCAGGUAAUGCAGGCUGUUCAAGUAUUUUUUUUGCAAGGCAAGAUUUCUUUUAGUUCUAUUUCAGAUUUUCAUUGCCGCUGAAAUAAAUCCACAUGACAUUCUGAUGUCUUGUAAAAUUCUAGUAUUGAGCAAAAGGUCUGUCGUUUGUUUUGAAAUUCAUUGGGCCAACAAUAAUUUUUAGCAUAAGUGGAUAUAACGAGUAUUUUAAUGUACUGGGUAAUCUUUUUAAUGUGUUACUUAUGUUAGUUAGGUGUUAACAAAGUGCUAUGGUAUAUUAAUUUUAUAUUUAUAAAUAUAAAUAGCAGUGAUGCCUCUUUUAAGCCCAUCUGUAAAACAACCAAAAAUGUAUUAGCAACCUUGGCAAUUCUGUAAAUCAUGUGUGCAAAUAAAAGACUGAGGGGAAUCCAUCUCUCCAAUAACCAGUUGACUGAUAGGCAAAUGGAUAACUGGAUUAUAUGUUACAGAAAUUGAAAGCUGUAUAAUAAAUGCUAGCUGAUCAUCAUAACUUGCCAAAUGCAUGUAUAAUAGAUUUGCGCAUUGUGGCCAGGCUAUAAUCCAACUGCUGCUGUUAUGACUAAUUUGAAUUCUCUACACUUUUCUCUUACUGACAAAAGCACUGAGCACACCUGACCUUUUGGUGACAGUAUUCUUUUCUUCCUUAACAUUGCAAAAUGAAAACUAGAGCCAUAAAAAUUGAAGGAUACAUGUCAUUGGGAGCUGUGCAUUUCAGAGGAUUGUUUUGAACACACUGUAAAAUUGUUGUAUAAAACCAAAUAAAUGUCAUUUGUUUUAAAUAUAAA